GAAAACGGUUGACGGAGAAAAAAGGCGCUUGGGUCUAAUGGAAUGACGAGCUCAGUAGCUGACGCAAGAAUGAAAUGCGUUCACUAAUGGGAGUGGCAAUCAUGUUAUUUUGUGGAAAACCGAGGGUUAGAGUUUUCAUUACAGGAUAAUGAGAUGACGAAGAGGAGGUAUGUAUAUGGAGAGGUGAUUCAAUCCUGCGUGUUGUCGGAGGUGAAAGAGAGGGCUAUAAUGGCGACGAUUGCCGUUCCGGUCCCCGCGAAGUUUAAUUCGCUGAGAAAUUGGGGUUCUCUCCUUUCAAGUAAAAGACGUGUUUACUUCAAGCCUACGCAUUGCGCCCCGGUUCAGCAAGUUCAACAACAGGUUGAUGCACCGGGAAUUAUGUGUGAACCUUGCAAUGGAACAGGAUGGCUACUGUGUGACUUCUGUAAAGGACAGAAAACAAAUGUCAAAGCCGAAAACAAGCGGCUCUACCGUAGAUGCCCUUCUUGCAGAGCCACUGGAUAUAUCUUAUGUUCAAAGUGUAAGGUCUUCAAAUGUGUCACUUUUCCAAAUUACAAUGAUGGUGAGGAACUAUCUUUUUGAACGUACAAGUCUUUCUACAAUGCCAGAACAACCCACAAGUCAGCGAUAUUCAUAUACUUUCUUUACAACUGCAAUUUGCGUGCUAUAAAGUGCAACCAAUGGUUUGCUGUUUGAUUUGAUCAUCACUCUUCAUUAUUUUUCUUGGAUGUAAUUUGAUAUGACUGACAAUGUAAAGUUGGAAGGGGGUCAUGCCUUCCUCAGACAGCUUCUGAGGUACACUCCUAACUUGAGAACUAAAAUGUUUAUAAAUUUUUCAAGUUUAUAGAUUAGAUUCUUGUAUUUUUCAAA